CUAGUAGUGAGUCCUUCAAAUAGGCUGAUAAUGAUGACUGUAUUAAUUUUUUAGUAUUACACAUUAAAGCAAAAGAUAUGACGCCGACGCCUAAUGCAUUUCCUCAAGAAAUGAUGAGAAGGAAAGAAGAAAGAAGUGGUGAAAGAAGUCCUGCAGCCGAUUUACCGGGCGAUAGAAUUGUUAUAUCUGGCAUGUCAGGGCUCUAUCCGGAGUGCCACAGCGUUAAAGACUUAUCAGAUAUUCUGUAUAACAAGAUAAACCCAAUCAACAAUGAUAAAUCGCGCUGGGAGUUUGAGCACCCCGAAGUAUCUCAGUACUCCGGCAAAGUGCCCGGGCUUGAACUGUUCGAUGCGCAGUUUUUCAAAGUCCACUACCGCCUUAGUCAUAACAUGGACCCAAUGUCUCGCAAGCUAAUAGAGCAAGCCUAUCAGGCUAUAUAUGAUGCCGGUGUUUGUAUCGAAGACGUUUUUGGAAAAAAAGUCGGUGUCUUUAUCGGAAGUAGUAUAUUAGAGACGGAAAAACUUGGCUUUUAUCACGCAAAUGAUAAAACUGGUACCAGUAUUCCAGGGUGCAGUAGGUCAAUGUUUGCGAACCGCAUCUCUUAUUGGUUGAACGCCAAGGGCCCUUCUUUGGGUAUUGACGCGGGCACGUGCAGUUCUACUCAGGCGUUGGAGCAAGCUUACUUGGCCAUCAAAAGCGGUCAGUGUGAGGCUGCCAUCGUCGGAGGGGGAUUUCUUUGUAUGCAUCCUCACACGAGUAUGCAUUUUGGGAGGGUCAUAAAAUUGAAUACUGACGAUAAGAUCAAAUCAUUUGAUACUGAAGCAGCUGGGUGUGCAAUGUCUGAGGCUGUCAACGUUCUGUUUCUUCAAAAAGCUAAAGAUGCUCUCAGAAUUUAUGCUGAAGUAGUACAUGUAAAAUGUAUUUACACGUCGUCUCUACAAGAUGAAACUAAAGGUCAAAAGUAUAGCUUUUAUAGAGACCCUGAAGACAUGGCCGAUUUUUUAAACACUUUCUAUCAAGAAAUACAAAUACCACCACAAGUCGUUGAAUAUGUCGAAGCUUUUGGUUUAGGUGAACUAAAGACGGAUAAAGCAGAACUUGAAGCUAUCGAAAAAGUGUUCUGCAAUAACAGAAAGAGUACACUUUUGGUGGGCAGUGUUAUGUCAAACAUAGGAUAUACAGAGUCAGCAUCGGGGAUAUCUAAUAUAACAAAGGUACUUUUAGGAUAUCACAAUGGACUACUCGCAGGAAAUUUAAACUGUGAGUCGCCGAGAAACGACAUAUCAGCAUUGCGAGAUGGUCGAAUGCGCAUUCUUACUGAUCACCAGAGUUUUGGACGAUCGUACACCGCUGUUAACGGUCUAUCUGUAGGAGGAGUUAACGCACACGUUCUUUUAGAUGGUCAUUAUAAAGCCAAGGACCCUACGCGUUACAAGACAAAAAUUCCUCAUUUAGUUGUCAUAUCUGGUAGACAGGAAUCUUCCGUGGAAAAAAUACUUGAAGAUUUAAAAUCACGUUCUGUAGAUCCUGAGGAAAUAGCCCUUCUGCACAAUAUUCAUAAAACCCGAAUUUCUGGACAUUUGGGGAGAGGAUACAUUGUUCUCGACACAAAUGGAAAUGACGAAACUAUUUGUCUAAGCGAACGAUUGGACGACUUCGACGACGCUAAGCGACCGCUGUGGUUCGUAUACAGCGGAAUGGGCUCCCAGUGGGCUGGCAUGGGAGCAACUCUUAUGAGAAUUCCAAUAUUUGCCGCUGCUAUUGAAAAGUGUCGCCAGGCCUUGGAACCUAAAGGAGUAAACAUCGUUCAUAUAAUUACAUCUCCAGACAAAACUAUAUUUGACAACAUUCUAAAUUCUUUCGUUGGAAUUGCUGCUAUUCAAAUCGGCCUCACAGAUGUAUUAAGGGCCUUGGGAAUUCUUCCUGACAAAAUUAUUGGUCACAGUGUGGGUGAGCUGGGCUGCGCGUACGCAGACGGCUGCUUCACAGCCGAGGAGAUGAUCCUGUCUGCGUACAGUCGCGGGCUGGUCUCUGUGCAGACUCCCUUCAUUCGUGGAUCCAUGGCUGCUGUGGGGGUUGGCUUUGAACAGAUUUCUAAAAUGUGUCCACCUGAGAUUGAAGUAGCGUGCCACAAUAGUCCCAACUCCAGCACAAUAUCUGGACCCGUUGAUAUUAUGAAAGGAUUCUUGGAAAAACUAACUGCAAAAGGAAUAUUCGCCAAGGAAGUGUCAUGCUCCAACAUUGCAUUCCAUUCGAGAUAUAUCGCUGACGCAGGGCCAGGAUUGCUGAAAUAUUUGAGUGAAGUUAUUUCGUCACCCAAAGAACGCAGCGAGCGCUGGGUUUCCACUUCGGUUUCACGAGAGAAGUGGAAUGAUCCGAUUGCAAAAUAUUGUUCAGCAGAAUAUCACACGAAUAACUUACUUAACGCAGUGCUUUUUGAAGAGACAUCGCGACUCAUACCUGCAAAUGCUGUGGUAGUAGAAAUUGCUCCACAUGGUCUUCUGCAGGCAAUUCUCAAGCGUUCCCUGCCUGAGUCCUGCAAACUUAUGACACUAACAAGACGUGGACACCCAGACAAUGCACUGCUCUUGUUGGAAGCUAUUGGAAAUCUCUACAUGGAGGGAUACAACCCGCAAGUGCAAGUCCUGUACCCAAAGGUAGAAUUUCCAGUUUCCACUGGAACACCAAUGCUGUCACAUUUAGUUGAAUGGGCGCAUCAUGAAAAAUGGAAUGUAACACUGUUUACGUCACCACACAUAAAAAUUGCAUCUUCAUGCAAUUACGUUAUUUCGAUUCAUGAUGACGCUCAUUGUUACUUAAAAGGACAUGUUAUAAGAGAAACAAAUUUAUAUCCGUUUGCUGCUACUCUGGUGGCAGUUUGGGAUACAUUAGCCAUGUUUCUGGGAGUUCCAAAGAAACAACUCUCAGUUCAGUUCCAUGAUGUACAUUUGCACUCCCAACCCGUGUUGCAUGAGCAAAGGCAAUUGCGACUGUUUAUAAGUUUGCAAAACAGUGGGCGCUUUCAGGUAUUGAAUGAAAAUAUUAAAGUUGCAACUGGGUAUAUUAUCAGUGAAAUAGACAAAGCUACGCCUUUAGAAGAAAAGUUGCAUUCUAAGACAGAUUUUGCAUUGAAAUCAAAGAAUAUUUACGAAUUAUUGGAAGUCAGGGAUUAUAAUUACUCGAACGAGUUCCGUAGUAUUCACAAUGCUAAUUUAUCGCUAACUGAAGCGCAUCUGUUGUGGAAAGAAAAUUGGGUAACACUAAUCGAUGGUAUAAUCCAACUAAAUGCGUUCAGACGCGGGCAUGAGAGUGUUUCACAAUUACAUUUUAUAAAAAAAAUUGUGAUCGAUGUCAAAAAACAUAAUGAUACAAUCGUUACAGAUGAUGCACAUGUCUUAUCGGCGAAAGUGCAUGAUGAUUUUAAUAGUACCAGAUGUGGAGGAGUGAUAAUUGAAAACAUGAAAUACUAUGACCUACCGUCAAUAACUAAAGAACACAUUUCUUUAAAAACUUUGAAGUUUGUUCCAAAUAUCACUUGUAACAAAAUUGAUGAAAAAGGUGCUUUAUAUGUAUUUCUGCAAAUAGUUGCAGAAAAUUUAAAUAAACGGGUUAUCAAUAUUGCAAACGUCAUCAACAACAACGCUCAAGCAAAGCAUAAAGACGUUCAAAUAAUUAUUCAUGAUAUACCUGACUUAAAGAUCAAUUUAUUACAAAUUAGUCAGAAUGAUUUAAUAAAAAAGAAUGAUACUUAUUUUAAUGACAUAGAUACACUACUGAUAACUGAUUUGGCUGCUGAUGAUAGUAUAUGGAAAGUUCUACACCGAUUACUUCGUCCUGAUACUUUACUGAUCAACAAAGAGGAGUACAUGAAUUCAUUAACUAUCCAUUCCUCUCUGCCAUACCGUAGUGUAUGUGCUCACACUAUUGGUUCUUCACGGCUGGAGCUGGUAUUAUGGCGACCUUCAGAUGUAGCAAUUAAUACAAGCGCUGUUACAGUGUUUUCACAAGCUGACCUCACUAAAAUUUCUGCACAAUUGUCUAAACUUCCUCCAAACCACAGACUUGUAAUAUUCACUUCAUAUCCAGCUUUUAGUGGAUUAAAAGAUACGUUUAAGGAGUGGAGAGAUAAAGAUUGUUGCAAAGUUAAUCUAGUUAUCAGCAACCACAAAUCGUUCGACGAACAAAGUCUAAAUCAAUUGCCAUUUACAGAUUUAGCAGUAAAUUAUUUAAAUGACGGUAUUUGGGGUGGAGAAUAUUAUUUGCCAAUUCAAGGAAACAUAGUUAGAGGGAAAGAAUUAGCGCUACAAACGUCUUCAUUAGAUGAUAUAAAUUUUACACGAUGGAUAGAAGUGAGCCAAUCACACCAACAAGAAAAUUCAGUAAAGGUUCAUUACGUUGGAUUAAACGAUGCAUACAUAAAGAAAGUAUUAGGAUCAACCGCAAGAGAAAAUAACGCCAGGAAACGUUUGGUGGAAUAUGACUUUAGUGGUAUAACAGAGAGAGGAGAACGUGUCAUGGGCAUUGUGCAAGAGGAAUCAGUCAAAGGUCUCGUCCAGGCAAAGCCUGAGCUGUUGUGGCCGGUGCCUGAGUAUUGGACAUUGGAGGAAGCAGCCACGGUUCCUUUGGCCUAUUGCCUCGCAUUCUACUGUCUUUACUUUAAAAGUAGGCUCUACCAUGGCAACAGUGUUUUUGUGCACAGCGGAGCAGGAGCUUUAGGUCAAGCGAUCAUCUCUAUUGCGCUCGCACACGACUGUGACGUUUACACUACAGUGAGCAGUAGUAAGAAAAAGAUGUUUUUGCUCACACUAUUUCCAGAACUUAAAGAGGAUCAAAUUGGCUUUUCUCGAGAUAUCGCGUUCAAGUAUAUGGUUCUUAAUAAAACGAAUGGAAUAGGUUGUGAUAUUGUAAUAACCUCAGUUAAAGGAGACCUGCGAGACGCUUCAAUAGAUUGCUGUAAAGUUGCUGGAUUUGUGGUGGAUAUUUCACUUUUAUUGGACAAUGAAGAUUAUAGCUUUAGUACAUUUUGUUUGCAUAAAAUUUUCACUUACACUACGCAGCAAUUUUCCUCACUAUUCGACCCAACAUAUGUAAAAGAGCUAAACAAAUUACAAUUGAUGGUGAGCGAAGGAAUAGCUCUCGGCUACGUGCGCCCGCUCUCUCGCGUGACGUACGCGGCGGAGCACGCGUCGCGCGCGCUCCGGCUACAGGCCGGCGGCAGACAUGUCGGCCGAGUGCUGCUCGACUUGACUGCGGACGUGUCGUGUGUUCAGCAGAAAAUAACCUGUUCAGCUGAUCGCCUGCAGCUGUUAUUGUCGGAGAAUGAUGUGCUAGGAAUACAAUUAGCGGACAGGUUAAUUAGCCGAGGUGCAAGGAAUUUACAUCUCCAUUGCACCGAAGAAUCAAGUGGCCUUUUAUUUAGAGUAAAGUUUUGGGAGGAUCUAGGAGUGCAUUGUACAAUAUCGUACGGAAAAAUAUGGGAUAAAAACAUUUUAAAUUUACUGAAUAGCAACACAUUACAAAAAGUUGAAGGACUAUUUUGCAUUUUAAACUUGCAUGCAGACAAUGAAGAUCUUACAUUAUUAGAAUCUGUGAAUUUGGCCGCACAGAAAUCAAAUGGAUAUUUAAAGUAUUUCGCAGUAAUUGAUGUUGGAAAAGAACAUAAUGUUACAAGAAAAUUAACAACACCGUUCUACCAGUUCAUAUACAUCAAGUUGUCAUCGUUGAAAACCAUGGAAAAUAAAGAAUACUUUCUAAUUACUUGUGCAAUUGAUGCCAUAGAACAAGCGUUAUGUCACAAGCAACGUGUUAUAAUUGCACAUCGCAUAAAUAAACCUAAAAAUAACAUAUUACAAAAAAUUGCUGAUUUAGCAGACUUCUCAGUUCCAAAUAUUAUGUUGCCAGAAGUAACUCUCAAAGAUAUGGGAAUGGAUUUAUCGAAAUCUCAAAUUGUUAGAGCUUAUUUACGUGAUGCUUAUUAUAUUUCUUUAGAAGAGUCUGACAUACCAAUAAUAACAGCAAAACAGUUAUGGCAACUAGAUGAUAAUAAGGUACAAUGUGAAUUCGCUGAAACUGAAGGUUUAAAAACAUUCAUAUCUGACAUCCAUUGUAAUGAGCUCUUGGCUAACCAAGAUAUGCUAUCAAUACCAACACUAACUUCAAAUAAUUCUUUGAGCUUUGGUCAAUUUGACCAAAACGCAACAUACCUGUGCAUAGUACCCGGUGUAGAAGGGCUACACGUGCGAUUCCGUGAAAUGUGCGAGCGACUCAAGGUGCCCGCGAUAGUACUGCAACCGACCGUUGACCGACCGCAUGAAACUAUAAAAGAAAUGGCGCAUAAAAAUGUCCAGAUUCUUCAGAGAAUGGUUCAAUUGAAGAAGCGGUUUUAUCUUCUUGGAUAUGAAAGUGGAGUUUUGGUAGCAUUAGAAAUGGCUGCAAUUCUUGAAGAUCAAGGUCUGACUGGUACAAUUUUUUGCAUUGGCGGUGGCCCUGAUGAAGUUCUACAUGAAAUUGUUGAAAAACUAUCUAAGUUUGAAACAGAAGAAUUAUUGCAAGUAGCUAUAGCUCAUCAUAUAUUUAAAUUGAUGGUCAACGAUGAAAAUCCAGAAGAUUUGAAUUUGGAAAGUGAGCUGAAGAACAUCUCAACGUGGAAAGAGAAAGUAUCGUUCUGUGUGCAGAAGUUGCUGGGGCGCAUUGAUCAUUCUAUUCAGUAUGCGAAAGAAUAUAUUGAAGCAGUAUACGCUAGACUAGUUCAAGUACGGCGAUAUCAUUCAGAGCCAAGUCCUCUGCGCUCCCUCCUGAUAUCUAUUAGACCUUGGUCACGCACCAAUGAGUCUAAUAGCAUUCCUAUACAAAGCUACUCGCAGCAAAAAGUCGUGGAGUACGAGUUGCAAGUUCCUCUGGCGCAUGCGGCGCAUGACAUGCGCUGCGCCGCUAUUGUGAACCGCCAUUUAGACAAAGAUAUUCUAGAGGAAUUUGAUAACAAUAAUUUGUGUGAAACUUAUACUGUUUCGAACUUAGAUUGCUUGUCUUCUGUUGAUAUGGAUAUAAAUAAUAUUUAGAUACUAGGAAACAAAUACUUUUAUACAUUUUACGUCAUUUACAUCAAAUACACAAUAUCUUAAAAUGUUUUGUAAAAUCAACCUAGAAACGUUAACUCAAUAAAGGCUGAACCUGCCUAAUAUAGUCUUUGCGUGGACAUGCAACAUACUUCAAACAAAUCAGAUAGUGAUUUUCCAAAAAAUACACAUAAAGUAUGAUGUUAUCAUUGACGAUAUAAUAUUAUUAUAAGUCAGAAAGUAAGAAUGUAUAUCUGUGUCUAUGUGUUAGAUUUCAAAGCUGUCACUUGACUGUGUAUGAAGUAUUGUUUAGGUGUAAUAUACCUAUAUACAUAAUAACAAUUACCUAAAUGGUAACUAUAAAUUAAACGAUAAAAAAUAUUGUUUACUGUUUUUCAUUUCC